CUUUUAAUGUUAGCAAUAAAGAUUACUAGAGUUACGUCCCUUGCACACUGACGACCUUCAGUGGUUUUGUGUAAGCAGCAUUGAUUCCCUCCACUCAGAUGAGAUGGCCUUCAUUCACCGCACUGCUUAUAGCAUAACACUCCAGCAUUGGGCUAGACAACGGCCCCAAUGUUGCCAUAGAUUUUAUGCUUCCCUCACCAAAAAACAGAAAGAACAUUUAGCAAGCGGUCCGGAUUUAGCUGAUUUCAUCUUAGAUGACGAGCCUCAAAAAAAUAUCCACAGGAAAAAAGGUGAAAGACUUCGGUUGCCUGAAUGGGUGAAGACAGAAAUUCCAAUUGGCAAGAGCUACAGUGAAAUAAAGGCAAGUUUACGGAACAAUAAAUUACACACUGUAUGUGAAGAGGCCAAGUGUCCAAACAUUGGAGAAUGUUGGAGUGGAGAGAAAGGUACAGCCACUGCUACUAUUAUGAUCCUUGGCGAAUUGUGCACACGAGGAUGCCGUUUCUGCUCUGUGAAAACUUCACGAGCUCCUCCUCCACCGGACCCAGAUGAACCAGUGAAUACAGCCAAGAUCAUCGCAUCUUGGCUAGUAGAUUAUAUCGUGAUAACUUCAGUAGACCGUGACGACAUCGCAGAUGGUGGAGCUGCCCAUUUUGCUGAAACAGUAAAGCAGGUGAAAGCCCACAAGCCAACGAUUCUUGUGGAGUGUCUUACCUCUGACUUUCGUGGCGACUUAGAAUCUGUUGAGAAAGUUGCUAACUCAGGACUAAAUGUUUAUGCUCACAAUGUAGAAACAGUUAAAGACUUCCAGUGGCUUGUGAGAGAUCCUCGUGCUAACUAUGACCAAUCAAUGAAGGUUCUAGAACAUGCCAAAAAAACUAAGCCAAAGUUAAUCACAAAAACAUCUCUUAUGUUAGGAUUUGGAGAAUCUGAUGACCAAAUCUUAAAAACAAUGGAGGACUUGAGGAAAAUAAAUGUGGAUUGUUUGACUUUGGGUCAGUAUAUGCAACCAACAAAACGACACAUUAAAGUGAAAGAAUAUGUUCACCCAGAUAAAUUUCAAUAUUGGAAAGAAGUCGGUGACAAAUUAGGAUUUGCUUACACUGCUAGUGGCCCAUUAGUAAGAUCUUCUUAUAAAGCAGGAGAAUUCUAUCUGAAAAAUUUGGUGGAAAAGGCAGCUUCUUAGUUGAAAAGAGGUCAGAAAUUUCCUUCACUAUAAUUCCUGUAAAUGUAGGUAUCAUAUUUAUUGUUAAUAAAAUCUGUUAAUUCUA